AUGGGAAGAGCUGCGCGGCUUAGCUGGAGCCCCGGGAGCCCCUCCGGCCUAUCCGGGGGGCCUCCAUUCCGGGCAGUUUGGCCCGCUCUGUUCCCCGCCGAGCCUCCCGUUCAGAGCGGCCUAGGAUUAGGCUGGACUCUCUGCCCUGAGGGCCUGGCCAGGGCCUUUGCCAGCCUGCCUCAAUCAAUCCCUGCAGCCAGCCUCCUGCCCAGGGAGAGUAGAGGAAGAGCUCUUCCCCCUGGAGGAUCCCUGUCCCUGCCCAGUUCAGCCUGCAGAGCACCAAGGCCUGGAGCCAGAGGGAAUGGCCCCUGGGAGCCCCAGCCCGCCAGCCCAGGACGAGGAGAAGCCGCACAGAUACAAGCAUCAGAGGGACCAAGAAACUCCUGUCCAGAGAUGAAGUUUAAAGUGAAGGAGAUGGGAGCAGAGUUGAGCAUCUUUGCAGUAGACUCUCACCAGGAAAGAUCCACAGAUCAUGCUCCUUGUGACUUCAGUUUGAGAGAACAAUAUGACUCUGAUAUCAAGGUAGAGAGAUAUCCAGAGAGUUACUAUGAAUUUGAUGAAGAUGGAAAGAGUGUCAGGCAAUAUUCAUUUCUGAUUCAGUGUAAGAAAAUGGUCCCAGGGAAGGACUGUUCUCAGUAUGCCAAAUAUAGAGAAUCCUCCAAUGAACAGCUAGAGCUUAUUGAGUCUCAUGAGAAACCUCCCCAAGUAGAAGCCUAUCAAUGUACUCACUAUGAGAUGGUCUUCAGCCCCAGCUCAGAGCUCAUUCAGCAUCAAAAAAGUCAUACUAGAGGAAUUCUCUAUAUAAGUAAUGAAAAUGGGAAGAUGACCCCAAAGCCAAAGUUCACUGCUCUACAGAUACUUCACACCAGAAAGGAAGCUCCUGAAUGUAAUGAGUGUGGAACAACCUGCAGUGAUCAUUCAUCUCUUACUGACCACCCUCAGUUUCAUAGUGCAAAGAAACCUAGUGUGUGUGAUCAGAGUAGGAAUCCGUUUGGUUGGGACUCAGAGCUUCUUAAACACCCAGAGAUUUGUACUAGUGAUGAUCUUCAUAAAUGUAAUGAAUGUGGAAUGGCCUUUAGCUACUUGUCACAUCUUAUGGACCAUCAGAGAACCCACAAUAGAGAGAAACUUUAUGAAUGUAAUCAAUGUCAAAAGGCUUUCAGCAGUAUCCUCAGUCUUAGCUCAAAAAAAUCCAACAACCCCAAAACCAUGAGAUCUGCAAACUUAGACAUCCCCACUCCAAAUGCUUAUAUGUUCUUUUUCUGA